CCAUUCGUCUCGAUACCGAAUCGAGAAUGACGUCUCUAACCGGGACAACACCGCGGAUGAUGCGCCCGAGUCCAGGCCAAAGCUACAGCAGGACCGGUUUCCCUCUGGAAGUGUCCACCCCUCUGGGCCAGGGGAGAGUAAACCAGCUCGGCGGCGUUUUUAUAAACGGCAGACCCCUACCGAACCACAUUCGACACAAAAUCGUGGAGAUGGCACAUCAUGGUAUCCGGCCCUGUGUCAUCUCCCGGCAGCUGCGUGUCUCUCACGGCUGUGUCUCGAAAAUUCUGUGUCGCUAUCAAGAGACAGGCUCGAUCCGACCCGGGGCUAUCGGAGGCAGCAAGCCCAGGCAGGUAGCAACGCCCGAUGUGGAGAAAAAGAUCGAGGAAUUCAAGAGAGAAAACCCUGGGAUGUUUAGUUGGGAGAUCAGGGACAAACUACUCAAGGAUGGCAUCUGUGACAGGAGCACUGUACCUUCAGUGAGCUCCAUCAGUCGGGUGUUAAGAGCCAAGUUUGGAAAGAGAGAUGAUGACGAAGAAAUGGAGAAGAAGGAGGAAGAAGGGGGCAGAAAGACUAAACAUAGUAUUGAUGGAAUCCUCGGGGAGAAAGGCAAUCGCUUGGAUGAUGGGACCUCGGACGUGGAAUCUGAGCCUGAUCUCCCUCUGAAACGAAAGCAGCGACGCAGUCGCACCACAUUUACUGCAGAGCAGCUGGAGGAGUUGGAGAAAGCCUUUGAGAGGACCCACUACCCAGACAUCUACACUAGAGAGGAGCUAGCCCAGAGAACCAAACUCACAGAGGCACGAGUCCAGGUCUGGUUCAGUAAUCGACGAGCGCGAUGGCGUAAACAGGCUGGAGCCAAUCAAUUGGCAGCAUUCAACCACCUGUUGCCAGGUGGCUUCCCACCCACUGGAAUGCCAACCUUGCCCCCAUACCAGUUGCCUGAGUCAUCGUAUCCAACAACUACCCUCUCCCAAGAUGGAGGGAGCACUGUCCACAGACCACAGCCUCUCCCACCCUCAUCUAUGCACCAGAGUGGCCUGGCAGCAGCAGCAGAAAGUGGCUCAUAUGGUUUAACGUCCAAUCGACACACCUUCUCCAGCUACCCCGACAGCUUCAUGAACGCAUCAGGACCCAACAACCCCAUGAACCAGGUCAGCAAUGGACUCUCUCCACAGGUGAUGAGUAUCCUGAGUAACCCUGGAGCAGUUCCCACUCAGCCACAGCAUGAUUUCUCCAUUUCCCCACUGCAUGGGAGCCUGGACACCUCGAACCCGCUCUCCGCCAGCUGCAGCCAGCGCUCCGACUCCAUCAAGGGCGUGGAGACCCUGCCUAGCUCACAGUCUUACUGCACACCCGCCUACAGUACAUCUGGAUACAGCAUGGACCCUGUGCCUGGCUACCAGUAUGCCCAAUAUGGACAAAGUGCAGUUGACUACCUCACCAAGAACGUGAGCCUGUCCACACAGAGGCGAAUGAAGUUGAGCGAGCACUCCGCUGUCCUGGGUUUGCUGCAGGUCGAAACGGGGCAAGCUUAUUGAGGACAUCUGACCACUGCGAGAGCUCACGGGCAAGGCCAGAGAGAGAGAGAGAGAGAGCUUUGCCUGAUGUUUGUUACGGACAGCUCAAACUGGGACUGAGACAUGGUGGGACAUUCCCAGCUCAGCAUCCGCUCCUGAACUUCCAGGGCCCUCCGCCACACCCUCAGAUCAAUCAUCUCCUGAUCCAGGAACCCCACGCCCGCUCCCACACCUUACCCCCACAACUGGGAGCUAGACUGCUUAGGGUCUAGUAUUCCCCUCCUGGAAUAUUGUAUAUCUGCUUUGACAAUUUGUAAGAGUGUAUUUUUUUUUGUUGUUGUGGAAAUAUUAUGCCUGCUUCUCUCAUGGUAGACUGAUCCCAUGGAGGAAGCUAAGCUCCAUGACGAGGAAGGUAUCUAUGCUUCCUUCUCCCCUCCUACCAAGAGGGGCAAUAAAUUGAGAACAGUGGCUGCUGGCUAAAUCCUUCCAAUCACACAGACUAAACGCUUCGGCACAGACUGGACCGACUCAUGUAUCAGCAAUAGAACUCCAGACAACGCCUGGGCCAGAGCUGAAGAGGAGCGAAGUGGAGACGGACCUUAUUCCCGCUCAUGUAUAUGGAGGAAAGACCUCAGACACUCUACACACCAUGUUUAGACCGCUUUACUUUCAAGGAAAGCUCAAUUCUUUGGGACCAAGCUUUCAAUUCAAAGCAGAAAUCUUAAGGACAGGUUUUCUUCACAGGAAAUCACUGAACCUCUGGCACAAGGCAGUUGACAAAAUGGGACAAAGCAAGACGG